AUGAAAGGCCUCAUCGUCCUCGACUUUGACGGCACCAUUACCUGCCGCGACACCAUCGCCGCCCUCGCACACCGCGCCAUCGCCAAUCAAGACGACGACGGCGGCGGCGACGAGAGAAGAAGAAAAAGGGAAUCAUGGCGCGCUGUCGUUGAUGCCUACCUCGCUGACUACCGGCGCCACGUCGCCAGCUGGAAGUACAGCUCCCCUGCUAGUGGUGCUAGUGGUGGUGGUGACAAUGGACUUGCCGGUAGUGGCGAUGAUGAUGGUGAUAAUGGUGGCGGUGCUUUGGCUCUUGAGCGCGAACUGGCCUUCCUCGAGAGCCUGUGUAUUGUCGAGCGGGCGUCGCUGGCGCGCGUCGCGGCGGCGGGCCUGUUUCGCCGCCUGCGGAGGGCCGAUUUACUGCGUUUUGGUGCUAAGGCUGUUGCGGCUGCUGCCGGGGGCGGUGCUGGGGAUGUCAAACUUAAAGGGGAUGGUGAUGGCGGCGAUGAUGCCGUCUACCUCCGGGCAGGGUUCCGUGAGUUUGUCCACGAGGUCGGGGGAGCUGUGGGAGGGCGGCGGGGUGAUGGUAGGAAUGGGGAUGGGGAUGGGGAUGGGAAUGGGUGGCGCCUCGGUCUUGUCAGUGUGAACUGGUCUGGGGCGUUUGUCGAGGGCGUCCUGGGCGAGACUCCCGCGCGGUUUGCUGCUGGGAUGCGGGUCAACGAGGUUUCCUGGCCUGACGGCCGCAUCACGGGCCCGUCGCCGUUGUCGCCUGCCGAGCACGGCGAGUCGCCGCCGCCGCCGCUUCUGACCGCCGGGGACAAGCUGGCGGCGUUUCAGUCACUAAAGAGGGCGUCGGCGGCGGAGGAGGAUGAGGAGAGGAGUAGAGAGGUUGUGGUGUAUGUCGGCGACUCGGUCACGGAUCUGGCGUGUCUGCUCGACGCUGAUGUCGGCGUGGUCAUGGUCGACGGCGACGGCGACAAGGCUGACAGCAAGCUGCUGCAGACGCUGCGCCGUCUGGGGCUCACUGUGCCUCGCGUGGUGGAGGGUGGUAUCUCGUCGCCGCUGCCGAGGCUGGUGUGGGCGAGGGACUUUGACGAUAUUCUGCGGAGCAAAAUGCUGGAUAAGGCUCUCGUUGCGGGGCGGCAAUGA